UCUUGUGCCGGUGGCCCAAGGCAACCAUGGCAUGAUUUACACUGUAAAAUUGACGGUCCGGCUGCUUAUGAUAUAAUGACCAAUUUUGAACAAAGAUGGAGAAAAGCAGUAAAAUGGAGAGAUUUUAAGAUAAGAAAGGUCAGACACUGGCAUGAUGAUGCCUUGCUAAAGCUAGACCGGAUCUCGUGGAUACUGUCUCCGUCUUCUAGUCCUGAUGGUGACCGUGUUGUACAUGUUACCAAUGAAGAAGAUCCUGAAAAUUGGCAUGUACAGGUUGGUGAUUGA